AUGUCUUGGGAUGCUUAUGUGACUAACUUGACAGCCAAUGGCGCGCUUGAAUAUGCUGCCAUCAUUGGAACAGAUGGAAACAUCUGGGCUAGCAAUUUCGGAGUUGCCGCCCUCCCAUCUUAUUAAGCCGAAGUGCCAGAUGAGAAAAAUCCAGACAUCACAACCAAAGUUGCUUAUGAUGAAAAGGCUGCUUUUAUUCAUGCUCUCGCUCACAAAGGAGAGACAGGAAAUCCAGCUGGAGUUAGAAUCAACAACCAAAAGUAUUACACAAUAUAAUUUGAUGGAGAAAACAAGAGCUGGUACUUAAAGAAGAAUAAAGGUGGAGCUUGUGUUGCUUGGACCAAUUCAGCUGUUGUCUUUGCUUCAUUCUCCCAAACCAUCAAUGCUGAAAAUGGAGCACCUUAGAAUGCUAGCGAUUGCAACAAACGUGUCCUUGAUAUGGCAAAGUACCUUGCUGAUUCCGGAUAUUGAGUAUUUAUGUUCACACAAACAAUUAUAAAUACAUUCCUU